AUGAGCCUCCCAAGCUCCGUACAGCUCCUCUAUCCGAAAGUGCACGCCGUGCUACCAAACGGCUUCCAGCGCCAUCCUUUCAAGGACACCAUUCUCUGCACCGACACGACUGCGGCGCUGGGUAACAAGUCGAGUCCGUUCGUGGCCACACACCCGUCCUUCCUCGCACUCCUUGGUCCAGCUCCAUCGGUACGAGUACUAGCCGCCCAGGAUCGUUCGUUUGCACACGAAGCCGGCGUGUGGGUUCCCACCCACGACGGUGCGGGCGAGGUAUGGUUCACUUCCAACCUGUAUGACGGGCCGACGCGCUCUGACGGCCUCCGUGAGCGCACAGUGGAAGUUAGCCGUAUAAACCUCGGAACAGGCAAAGUCAACCCCGUCCAGCUACCAGUGUAUGGAGGCAACGGCGCGUGCCCGUAUGGCGACUACCUGCUGUUUUGCGACCAGGGCGCGGGUCGGGGCGUGCCGUCGGCGCUCACACUGGUGGAUCCUAGCAAUCCAGCAGACGUGAGGCCGAUUCUGAACAACUUCCACGGUCGCGCAUUCAACUCGCUCAACGAUGUCAUUGUCCUUCCACCCAGGUCGACCGAGGAUCUUCCUGGCAGCGGGGAGGCAGAGUCGUCCCGUCUACCGGCUCGCGGCUCCACAGUGUGGUUCACUGACCCCACAUACGGCCACGAGCAGGGCUUUCGCCAUACGCCCGAACUUCCCUCACAAGUCUACGUCUUCAAUCCCGAGACGGGCGACAUCCGCGCCGUCGCAGACGGCUUUGACCACCCCAACGGCAUCUGCUUCAGCCCCGACGGCAAGACGUGCUACGUGACAGAUACCGCGCACAUUCGGGGCUGCGGCACGCUCGAUCCUCACAAGCCGAGCACAAUCUACGCGUUUGAUGUCGUGUGGCCCGGCGUCGACCUGGAUAUUGGAGGACCGUCCCUGCAAAAUCGCCGCCUCUUUGCGUUUGCCGACUGUGGUGUGCCGGAUGGUAUCAAGUGCGAUACUUUGGGAAACGUGUACUCGGGAUGCGGUGAUGGUGUCCACGUGUGGAACAAAUACGGCACACUCGUUGGAAAGAUAGUGCUUGGCCUAGCUGAUGACAACAUCGGAGCAGGCUGCGCCAACUUCUGCUUCGUGCCUGGAGGGAAAUUGGUGUGCUUUGCGGAGAACCGCAUCUACUUGGUGGAGGGCCUCGCUGUUGAGGGUGCACUGUUGUAG